AUGCAAAUAAUUUUUUUCCUUGAUGGUGUAAAUUGUUUAAAUAACACAAUUCAAUUUUCCGAAACUCAACAUAGCCUAAUAGCAUACGAUCUUAAAACUUACGAGGAUGGAACAAUUUUAAUACAUUUGGAUCUCAACAAUGAAAAUUGCACUCAACCAAUUUUAUAUUUCCGACUGUAUUUUACAAAUGGAACUUUAAUUAAUUUAGAUAUUGAUGUUACCAAUGAAAUUCCUGGUUUUAAUUUCUGUAAAAUUUAUUCAGAAGGUGUCUAUCAAUAUUAUUUAGAUGUUUAUCCAUUAGUUGAACAAUAUAUUUUUGUCGCAUAUUUAAACUCUAGCGAGGUUCCAAACGCAAGUGUAUAUGGUUUACUCAUAGAUUGGAAAGGAAGUAUCCGGAGUAAUAAUUAUUUAAAUGUUGCAACUGUGAGUCGGGAUGGACUCGUUCAACCACCAGGACCAAUUUAUUAUUCUAAAUAUUUAAAGAAAAAUGGAUUUUUAUACGUUGGCUAUAAAAGCAAUACGAAUGAUAUUAUUUGGAAUAACGGUAUAAUAGAAGAUGUCAACAACAACAGCAAUGAUAAUAGCAUUGAAGAAAUAAAUUUCUCGGGAAUUGACGCCAAUUUUCUCGCAAUUCCUGAAACUAGCAAUUUGAGAAACUCGGAAUCAAAUUUAAUAUUUCAUAGUCCAUUGCAAGAUUUACAUGUUCUUUACAUUAAAUGUAAUGUUGACUAUAGCCUUGGAGAUAAUUUAUGUCAACUUUACUUAAUUAAAGGAGUUAACAAGUCGAAACCUUAUAACCUAAAAAUUUCAUUCGCUUCUUCCGGAAAUUUGAAAAAAAUUGGAAGUUUAGAUACACAGAUUAUGAAUAAUGAUAGCGAGGCAAUAACCAUCACUCCACUGAUUUAUGGAGGAUAUCUUUUAAAUUAUCAUGAUUAUCGACAAAGCCUUGAUAGUCAAAGUAUUUACGGAUACAUUCUAAAUGCAAUCGGUAAUUACAUUGGACCUUGGCCAUUACAACAACCCAUGACAACUAUGUCAAGAGGUUCACCGUAUGAUAUUCUUCCAAAUGGUACAAUUGUCGCCGUAGUUCAAACUCAACAGUCUUCUUGGACUUUGAUUUCUUCGGAUCCACCCUCCGUAACAAAUAAAACUGAUCUUGGAAAAAUAUAUCAAAUAUACCCGGAAAUUGAUUCGAUAAUUCCUUAUAGAAAUACCGAGUUAAACAUAACAUAUAGCUUACCGGUCGAACUUUCAAUAAACAGGCUCAAUAUUUAUCAAUUGACCGAAGAUGGUUAUAAUCUCCGGCUAACGAUUUCAGCGCAUUCAGAUUUUUGUCAUUUGAGUAUUGAUAGUUUAACUGUAGCCGUCAAAGUAUUGCAAAGUACAUUCAAUCAACCCAGUACGGAUUAUUUUAUUGCUGUUGAUUCUGAUUUUGUCAGAGCUGACGAAACUCAUUAUCCGAUCGAAGGCAUUCAAAAAAAUGUUUGGAAAUUUAAAACUGGCCCAGUAACAGAAGAAGAAACAAAUACCGGACCAAUUGAUGCGCGACUUCGUUUAAAUACAGAUGGGACUAAUAUAUUUAACAGUUUAGCUGUUGAUCAAAAAGAUGAUUUUAUAAAUAAUAUAAUUAGAGAAAUGGCCAAUAUGAUUCCGGUUUCACCUGCAAGAAUAAAUUCGUUACAAACUUAUACAAACGAUACCAACGAUCUUCAAGAACAUCGUUUGGCCUUUUUUAUCAGAAUCGAGCGCUCAAAUGAUACUUUCGAGAUGAACUCGGAACAUAUUUUAGAUGAUAUUUAUUCCUUGAUCAACGCUACUGACAAUGGACCAAUUCCACAAGGCUUAUACACGAAAUAUUUAGAUCCUGAUGUCCAACCUUUCAUAACAUUCGAUGGUCUUGAAUUGGAAAUUCUUUUUAUUCCAAGCAUGGCAACAAUAAUAAUACCAAUUAUUAUAAAUUUAUUAAGUGGAUUAUCUAUAAUGAUUAAAGAAUCAAAUCAAUCAGAAAGUUUUAGGAAUUGGUUGGAAAAAAAUAUUUUUGUUACAACAAUUUUUACUGGAAUAUCGUUUGUUGAUAUUUAUUCGUUGAAGAUCCUUUCUUCACGUGCUUUUAAAAGUAAAGAAUCAUUUUGCGCACCAUACUCGGUAUUUAGUCGUAGAUUAAUUUAUUUUAUUGGAUUGUUAAACUUUAUAAUUAAAGAGAUUCCUCAAUUCUUUAUUCAGGCGUAUUAUCAAAUAAUGGUGGAAACAGAACCAUCAUUGAUAUCAGUAUACGCUUUUUUGAUUACUACUAUUGUUCUAUCAUUCAAUUUAUUAUGGAUAAUUUAUCUUGUGAUUAAAUAUGUGAGAUAUAGGCCGAAUAAACCCGAGGAUGACCAAGAUGCUGAUGAAUAUGGCAGUGGUGCUGAAAAAGGUGACGGAAAAUCACGAGAUAAUGUUGAAUUGACUUCAGGAAAAGUUAGUUUAACAAGUUUUUUUAGAACUAAAAAAAAAAAUACAACUGAUCCUGUUAUUAGUACUCGUAGUAUUGCAAGUGGAAAUCUUAUUUUUGAAAGCGAUCAAUAUUUUGGUGUUGACACUAACGAUGAUGGUAGUAUGUUUGGUGAUGGAGGCAAUAUAACAACAAGAAAAGAAAUAAUAUCAUAUGGCGAUGACGAUGUUCGAAGUAGAAGAAUUAGUAAUAGUAGUAACAUUGGUGGUUCUAUUAUUGGAGGAGAUAUAACCAGUAGUGAAAUGGGGGUUAGCAGUGUCGUUGGUGGAGAAAAUAUUAAAAAAAUUUUUAAAGAAGGAAUCGUCUACGUUGACGAAGAUGGUAAUCCCAUCAAGGAUCCUAUUAAAGAUGAUCUUCUCAAAAGAGUAUCUAAACAUAACGUUGUGGUUAUUAAUGAAGAAAGUAAAGUUGUUAGUGAAGGCGAAACUGUUUUUGUUGAGGAAUCGGAUUCUAUACCCUUAAUUAUAGAGAAAAGUUAA